AUGCGUUACUCCAUUGCUGCAGCUUCGCUGUUCUCGACUUCGGCAUUCGCUGCUCUGUACCCUGGCCAGAGUAAUCCANACUCCGACGCCGUCCUGUCGUGCUCCAGUGCCGCCAACCCCAAUACCGUCGACUCGUGCUGCGCAGAAACAUAUGGAGGACUCUUCCUGUCCACUCAGUUCUGGUCUACAUACACUGGCCUUGAGGCUGAAGGUCAAUUGCUGCCUGCGGAUGACUGGACGCUGCAUGGCUUGUGGCCUGACUUUUGCAAUGGCUCGUACACCCAGUACUGCGAUUUGAACAGGCAGUAUGAUCCUACGCCGUCGCCCAACACGACCAAUGCUUUGCCCAAUGGUACUGUUGUUCCUCCGUACAAAGGUCCUAACAUUGGCACCUUCCUUGAGCCUUUUGGCAAGUACGAUCUUCUUUCCUGGAUGUCGAAAUACUGGAUUAAUAGCGGCGCUCCCAACUCGGACUUCUGGGGACACGAGUUCAGCAAACAUGGAACUUGUUUCUCGACCUUCGACGUGCCUUGCUAUGGUCCCGAGUAUGUUCAGCACCAGGAAGUCGUUCAGUUCUUCGAGACUGCCAUUCUCUACUACCGUCGUCUCCNNCCUACUUGGGGUUGGUUGAACCAGGCCGGUAUCAAGCCCAGCAACACCACCACCUACUCGAUCGGUCAGUUCCAGGAUACUCUUGCCAGAGGAUACGGCGCUCUUCCCUACAUUGGUUGCAGCGGCCCCAGAUACAACGAGACUGCUGCCGGUGCUGGCUCGACCGACAAUGGCAGAACCCAGAUUUCCGAGGUCUGGUACUACUUCCAUAGAGGCGCAUGGCUUCCUACCAACGCCACUGGCUCUGUCACCAGCUGUGCAAAGGCUGCCAACGCCCUUCGCUACCCUCUCCGUGCCAAUGGCUCCACCUGGCACCUUUGA